UAAAAUGUUUUCGUACAUAGCUUAUUUUUUUACAUUUGCUAUACUUACGAGAUAAUUGUUUAAGCGACGCACCCUCGAAUUCACAAAAAAAAAUAAACACAAAGAGAAAUAAAUAAAAUAGAAUACGUAUUACCCUUGGGUCAUUUUACGCCCCAAUGAAUGCGAUCGCUAAUGCAAAUCAAUUAGAUAUGUGAGCUCCAAUUAAUUAGUUUCAGUUGCUAGUCAAAUCUUUACGCGUCGGUUGUCUACGGAUUUUACGGAUUAUAAUCUCUCUAACCCGAAAAUAAUGCUGCAAGAAAUACAAAAUCGUCCACAUGGAUACGCGUUGAAGCGUCGAGAUCACAAAUUUGUGGUCGAACGCAUUGAGGGUAUCGAGAAUCCUGCCUACGAGCCCGACCUGGAUGGGGAUGUCAAGUCGAACACCCAAUUGACCAAUCAGCGCAAUGGCCAAUCAAAAUGGAAAUUUUUAAAACGGGUUGAAGGAGGCAUCUCCGAUCCUAUAAACUUUAUAGUAUAA